UCAUUAUUCUGUAAGUUGAACAGAAACUGAAAUUUCCUUCAGCUGACUAAUCAAUAAUACUUAAUUGUUUUAAUUUUUCUAUGGUAGUAGGAACGGAAGGAGAUACUCAGCUGGGAAGAAUGUUAUCAGUCUUUUCUGCUAAUGCCCAAAGUGUCAAGAUUGGGUGAACUUUCUAAGGUUAGAGGUCGAAAGCGAUAAGAAAACGGCUGAUCGUUGAAUUUGUACUAUAUGCUCUGACGUGGACUAAACUGAGUUGGAUGCGUCCCGAACAGUUUCGAUUGUAUUAAAAUUCCCAUCUACAAUGCAAGGAUUUAAAAUCUUGCUGCUUUUUGCCGUCUACGCGAUAACCAACGCAAAUUACGAGAUUGGUGUGACUAACAAGUACGUCUACGAAACAACGGUUUCUGUGGAAGAAGAAUGUGGAACGGACGUCGGUGCUCAAAUCGUCGGCCACCGGUUAAAAGCCAAAAUUCAUUUGGCAGCUAUUUGGCAAAAUCCAAAGAAUUCUUUACAAAAGCUUCUUAAGAUACAGGUUGCUGAACCCACACUGCUCGUGCCGAAGAAAUCAAAUUUCGAAAUCCGCAGUUCUAAGCUUGACAAAAUAACUUCGCUUCCUUCUUAUUUCCUGUGGGAAUCCGGCCGAGUGUUGCAGUGGUGGGAUGACGAAAGCGAAAGCCAGAUUCUCAGAAAUUUGAAAAAGUCUAUUGCUACUCUUCUACAGCUCAGGGACAAGGAUCAGACUAUAAAAGAGAGCGAUGUAGCAGGGACCUGUGAUGUGAUUUAUAAAGUGAGAGAAAACAGCAUUAGGAAAAAGAAAAUGAAUUGCGUCAAUCAGUUUUACAACAAGAUAGAAACACAGCCAUUCGGAGUGAGAUCUCUAACUGUUCAGCACAAUUCAAAAACUGACUGUGAACUCAAGAAUGCGGGUAGCUACGUUGUAGAAAAAUGCACCUCAAGUGACUUCGUCAAAAUGUUCAGUAACGUCUGGCAAAGACCUACUGUCUGCAUCAGAGCUAAGUCUCAGCUUUCGUCACAUGAUGAAGGAAAAGAAAAGCAUAUUUUCUCGGAUGAAAAUCUUGAUUCGGUUCUGCAAGAAAUAAAUAAGUCAUUUCCAGGUACUUUAAAAGAAGGUCACAUUUCUGCUGACUCUGCAAUUAAACAAAGUUCAUCCAGCAAUCUAGUAGAUUCUUUGACCAAGUAUCAAGAUAGCUUGAGGGACAAAAACUUAGCUAAAAUAAAGUCAGCAUCAGCCUUCUACAAAUUACUACCCAUAUUUCAAAAUGCCCAGAAAGACGUCAUUAAGAAAGUUUUACAGGAUGAAAAACUAAAAGUUAUUAUGCCUCAGAUCUUGGAUUUAAUUGCUGCGAGCUGUACAAGGAAUGCUCUAACUGCAGCUCUUGAGCAUUUCAGCUCCUCUAAAAGCUCUGAUGAACUGUUAGAACGUUUUCUUGUAAGUUUAUCAGUCUUGCCUCGUCCAGAUGGAUUCAUUUUGGAAGAACUGAUGUCUUUUAUAGAAAAAAAGGAACCUAGUGAAAAAGUUCAAGCCACCCUGAUUUCAACACUUGGAUCUAUUUUAAGAAUUUAUGCACAGCAUUAUGAAAUUGCUGAUAAAAAGAUUGUGGACGAUACACGUAUUUUCCUCGAACGAAGACUUCAGAACUGUAAUAGCGAGUCUUGCUCAGUUGCCUAUCUACGUGGACUGCGUAAUGCUGCCCAACCCAAAUCUUCCUCGUUGCUAUUAAAAUAUGCCGUCAAAGGUGGUAAACCUGCAUUAGAGGCCGUCUUUGCAUUGAGAAAUAUUCCAGGUCGAUUGUUGCCACCCGAAGGUCAAGAAAAACUUCUCAAAGUUUUUCAUCAAGUGGGUCUGAAGCAGGAUAGAUCAGUAAGAGCUAUUGCGGCGGAAAUACUUCUUCGUCAACAACCCGACGAAGGUGUCUUGAAGAGUAUUUUAAGUUCUCUUUCAGAUCAAACUGAUGCUGAAUUUUCAACAUUCCUCGCGAUGAAGAUUUUACACAUUCUCUCCAAAAAUGAGGAACUCAGAUCCCGAGUGAUGAAGAUUUUGAAUGAAAAAGAAAUUUCUCAUUACUAUUCCUUAGCACAGAAAGGAUCUUCGUCCCUUUUCACUCGACCUCUUCUUUCUGCUGAUGGAAUAAAUGUAACAUACGGAAUAGAAAUGGAAAUGCUAGACGGAGGAUUAUUGAAGAGGAGCUCCUUCGACGUGGAUUUUGAAACUUCAGUGGGAAUAUCCAACCUGCUUUCCGUUGGGAUGUUUGCCGAAGGUUUGUCUUCUAUCGCUGGGGACUCUUCAGGAGAAGAGGGAGUCGAUCCAACUGCUGGCAUGGAGUUAACUUUUCUAGAAUCUUCCCUAAGGCCGUAUGUCUUUUUCAGCAGUACGUCAGAAUUGAUGGGUCAUGCUUGGUCAGGAACUGCCAGUGAACCAACACCAGCUCUUCAGGGUAUUUUUGCAUUAAGCGAUGACAAAAAUCUUGUUGUUCUCAACAAUGGAAUGAUAGUUCGACUGGAACUGAGAGGCGUGCUGUCAGUGGAUUUAUCUGCUUCUAUACAGAUUUCCCUUUGGAAUAGAAACUCUCAAUCACAAGUCAAAAAUGCCGCUGCCUUAUUGAUGGUUGGUGUUGCUACCGUGGAUUCCGACAUCGCCACAACGCAAGGGGCGUUUAACUUUAUGGGGCAAUCAGCUAUUGAAUUUAAGACUGACUUGGAGUUCUACGAAAGCCCUUUCAAAAUGUGUUUGCAAAUGGAUCAUCCUGAUGUCAUUAUCAAACGAAAUUUCCAAAGAAGUUUUGAGAUCACUGGCUCGAACUUUCUAGUAAAGAAGAGCAAGAAACGUAAAAGGUUUAUUCCCCGAAGAUCAUAUGCACUUCACCAAAGGAACAAUGAACAGUGCCGAGAUAUGAAGUAGCAUAAAUGUCAUAAUUUAUUUAGAGAAGUUGUGUUGAAUAUCUUGUAAAUAAAUCUCUGCUGAUUUCUAA